AUGAGUGAUAAAGAAGCUCAGAUCAGCUUGGUACUGGAUGCCAUUCUUGCCACGGGGAUCUCCAAACCUCAGCCUGAUGAUGCUGUGACGCUGGAUAUUCUCCUAUCUAAUGUCCUACCUGCUUAUGCGAAUCAGCAGACAACGAAUGACCGGUUUGUUCUGAAGAUCUUCAAGGCCAUACAAAUCAUUGCUGUGCGAUCCAAAUCUGCACUGGUUGAAAGUCUCAACUACCAGAGUAUACUGGUCAAUGUUGUGCAGUUUUUCAAUUCCACAAUAUACUCAAACGAGAUAAUAGAAAGUGCAUAUUCUGCUAUCAUUCAAAUGAUAAGCGAGGUUUUUUCCGGGAAAAUACGCAACGAGAAAUACCAAAGUGACAUAACUGAGUACCUGGCCUCGUAUCUUGAUGAGCAUUUGAACGCAUUGAUCUCGGAAAUCAACUCUGUCAGUACGGUGGUAAUGUACGAUGAAUUGCAGAGGCAUAAUUCUGAUCUUGUAUCUCAAUUGAGCAUUUGUGCUCAUGUUCUACAGAUUGUGCUCAAUUUCAGCAGCACAGGACUGAAUGGAUUGGAUCUCCAGCACUCUUUGACUCUGGAAAGUUUCAUACGAAAACAGUGGUUUCUUCUUGACAACUUUGUCUCGUUCAUAGGGAAUGAAGAGCGCUUUUCUGGAAUUCUGAGCUCGUUAUAUGGGUUGAUGUUCAAGAGCCUUUACUAUUACACUUUUGCAUCGGACUAUCUGAGGACCGAGAGGUUGAGUCAGCUAAGUUCUAACAUCCAGCACUUUUUGAACAAACCCAUGGUUUCCUACACAGAUGGAAAUAUUGCAGCCUCAUUGGCAGAGGUCAUAUUACUUACCAUGCUUCGUUGUAGUGAGCUUGAGUGUCUUCCGGUGUUUCUUUCUUCGGUCCAGGUAAAGCCUUUCCAUUUCAUAAAGGCAAAUGAUAGCACUCAAGAGCUUGAUCUGGCCCGCAUUCUGGCAAUGAUGGAGGCUGUCAGGCUAAAGCUCCAAGGAAGAUCUGAUGAUACACCUGAUUUUGUGAAGCCGUUUUUGAAAUCGAGACUGGAUAAUACCCACUUGGAGACCCUACAGUCUGAUGUAAUGGAGGCCAUUUAUCCACAAUCCAUGGAGACAAAGACAUUUGUGGGUUUCCAUUCAUAUGAGGAACGCCAGUCUCAGUUUAAAGGUCGUUUUUCAAGCGUUUUAGAGCCUUCUUUCACAGCUCUUGAUGUUUCUAGUUUCGUGAAAGACACCCUUGAAGGACGGGAGUUUUUUCUUGAGCAGUCUACUCAGGCAAGAGUUGAUAUUAUUUCACUUAUCAACUGUCUAGGGAAGUGUCUAUGUUGCCUCACUGGGGAUAUGGAUAGAUCUACUAUGAUCUGCUGCAAGUGUGAUGUGGUAGUCAACGAUUCCAUGUAUCUUCCAGAUGUCAUUGAUACUUCUAGAGUACCCCCAGAUGCUGUUAUUCUGAUAUCCCAGUUUCUAGAGAAGGUUAUCUUUUCCAAUAGUGAGAUUGUUUUGGAUCAUCUGAUCUGCACUGCUAUGCUUAUUACCAUGAGAAGGCUCUUUAUCUCAUAUCCAAUAUUUGCAAACACAGAUACUUACAGACGAUUUUGGGAUUUCUUGAAGACUUGCUUUCGAUCAAAAUCGAGGGAGGUCAGACUCUCUUCAGCAAAGUUAUACCCUUUCUUUCUUUUGCACCCGAGUAUCCAAGUCCGUGACUACAACGUUGACAUAAUAAUGACCGAGUUAAAUUCUAUUGGACCAGGGAAAGCCACCGAUUAUCUGUUUGAAGCUGUAAUUGUUGCCUGGGGUGAGUUGACCAUAGUGACUCCAGUAAGUGACAAACUGUUCGUGAUGUUGAAUCCCCUGAUACACUUCAUAGGCUCCGCAAAUCAGUUCCACUCUAGCAAGGCCAUUCAGGUGUUGGAAGUUGCCGCAAGCUCCAAGAAGCUCACCCCAUGGCAAUUGAUAGAGCCGUUCAUACCGUAUGUCUCUCUUACGGUGGUUCAGAAACUCAAAAGCAGACCAAGUUUCUUGACUUCAUUCUGUGAUCUAAUCAGAUUGGAUCCAAGGAACUUCCUCAGGAGGACAAUUCAGUAUACAGCUCCCUAUUUGAUUCGUUCAUAUAAAGACGAUAUCAUUGGUGAUAUCGCAAAACGCACAGGAGAGUCGAGACAUUCCAUUAUUCAGGCCACAUUCCCGAAGAUAUUGGCCCUGCUCAUAUUCACCGAGGAUGAAAUCAAUGAGACAAAAAUCAUGAAGAUACUUGGAAAUGCAUCACCAGCUUAUAAGGGCUUGAAGUGGAAGAUAUUCAUGGAUAGACUGGAUAUACUUCCUGUAUUCUACGAGGUGUUGGUCUUUAGUGGUCCUGAGGCUGAGGAUAAAGUUAUUCGGAAACUGAAGUGGUUAAUGCAUACUAAAGCUAGUAUCAGAGGAUCUAACGAUUUAGACGAGUUUCUGGGAUCUCAUAUUUUGCGAAUUAUUCAGACCAUCUCCGAGUGGAUUAACAAUGUUCGCGGUAAGGCUCCAUACAUUAGCCAAGUUCAGAAUCUGCGAGGACUCAAUACGUUGAUCAGAAUGGCAGGAAAUUCUUUGGUAUCAUGCCUUCCACAGAUUCUCAGUUGUUUGCAAGUCGGUGCUGAGCAACCGGGUCUCGUAUCAAAUGUCCUCAGAUGCAUAUACUCGCUUGUGGAGAUGCUUACCGAGGACCCUUUGGUUAUCAUAGGUGAUACAAUCCUAUCGUUUAUAUUGCAGAAAUACUCGAGUUUUGAUACUGAAUGUCAAGCUCGUGCAAAGGAGAUCGUCGAUCUUCUGUUUUCCGAAACCAAGUUGAGUUUCAAGAAAGCUACAUUUUGCGGUCAGAUAUUCUCCAUUGUGGGAUGUGAGGGUCUCUUGAGUUCCCUGGAGAACUCUUCCCAGAUGAUGCAACAGCAUAGAGGUUUUGCUGCAUAUACGUUGCUGGUGGAGCUAGAACGAAAGUCUCACUCAGACAAUAAGUGGGUAAUGCUUCAAACACUAGAAGACUUGGAAAGGUUCUUUGAGAGAUUUCAGAAGGAGCACCAGAACAUAUGUCUAAAUCAGAGGUCGUACGGCAAGGUCAUCAGGCUUCUCGUUGAUAGUUUGAUGAACGCAUCCUACAAAUUCAAAGACUCGGUUCCCGAGAUCCCGAAGAAAUGUGCUGUGAUGUUGUCGGCUAUUGGAUCUCUGGAUAACAGUCGUCUUGGUACAGACAAACUGAAGGGUUCUGAGGAUGUGAUGAUUCCCAUCACUUGCUUUGAAGACGGUUUGGAAGCAUCUAAGUUCGUGACACACUUUAUCAAUAAUGUUCUGGUUCCUGCUUACUGGGCUUCGGAAGAGUCGACCAAGCAACUUCUGUUGGCAUACACUAUGCAGGAGUAUUUAAAGUUUCUGGGACUAUUCAAUAAGGAUGUCGAAGUUCUGUCAAAACCUUCUAGCGACACACCUUCCCACGGAUUGUUAUGGAGCAGAUUCAAUCGUACGUCGCAGACAACGCUUGUGCCGUUGCUUCAUUCGAAGUAUAAGGUGUUUCCUGUUCCAGCUGCCACGGUAGAGUUCCCUGUUUUUAAAGAUGAUAAGCCUUACGCAGACUGGAUCAAAACGUUCACAAUGGAACUUCUGAAUCGUAUCAUUAGGGGAAAACUUGGUACCAGAUUCAGGAAUGCUACUGCUAUCACUGCGUGUGCAUCGCAUGCCAUAAAGGGUCAAGACAUUGUGAUUCCUCAGUAUCUGCUGCCGUAUUUUUGCUUAAUAUUAGUCACGGCAAGUGAGGACUCUGCACAGAUUAUUAAGAGCGAGUUCAUGGAAAUUUUGGAUGCAGAAUUGAGCGAAGAUGCUCAUUCUUCAAUCGCAGAUGGUCUCAGGUCUUGCUAUGAGUCCGUCUUCUCUGUGCUAGAUUUCUUCAGAAUCUGGCUCUCUUCCAGAAAACAGAAGAAGAUAUCUACCAAAGACAAAAACGUCACGCUUCACAAUGAUGCUUUCCAGGUUGAGGAGUUUCUGAGGUCGAUGUCGUUUUUCAUGCUAGCAAAGAAGUCUUCGCAAUCGAAUUCGUAUGAGCGGUCAGCCCUGUAUUUGGACCAAUUUUACAGAACAGAGAACAAGCUUGGGAAAGAACAGGACUAUUUUGAGUCUAUUCAGAAGGUAUACUCAGAAAUUGGAGAUCUCGAUGCCCUUGAUGGAAUCUUGAAGACCUUCUCCACACAAAGUUUGAGUGAGAAACUUCUUCAGUUCGAGUAUAGCAAAGACUUUUCAGUGAAACUAGAAGGACUUGAGACUUUGGCCUCGUCCCGCACAUAUGAUUCGGCUGAGCGCUGGAGCACUCGUACGCGUCUGUUCAAAGCUCUUUAUGAUCAUAAUCAUCAUGGCCAGCUUUUGGAGAAACUGAACAGCGGAGUGGCACACCAGGAGCUCUCUCUCGUUCCUGACAGGUGCAGAAAAGAAUGGGCCACUUUAGGAUUGCAAGCUUCUGUGUUUCUUGGAGAUUUGGCUAAUAUGAAGAGGUGGGUCUUUGAGACUGAACAAGUAUUCCUUCCUCCUUCGUUAAGUGGAUUUGCGCUUUAUGUCUAUGAUGAAGUUGCAAAAGGUCUGAUCAGUCUUUCGAGUUCCGAAUUUGAAGAGACCCUCAAGCACAUAGAUAAUGCAAGAGACCAUCUCGGUGUGUCUUUGAGAAGUACCAAAAACUCGUCACCUCUGAGAAACAAGGAGAUACUGAAUCUGCUUCAUAUGUUGUAUGACUUCCAUUGCUUGACAUCUGCAAUUUCCAAUCAAAACCAGCAGUCUCUUACCUCUGCCGUCGACCUUGUCAAAUCACGAUUGCGCAAUACUUCCAUGGAAUUUGAGAGCUCUUUCAAGAUGCAGUCACUGCAGACUUCUGUUUUAUCGUUAGGUCAAACAUCCCAGUCUGGACCCAUGUGGCUAGAGAACAGUAAGCUGGCUCGCAAGUCUGGAAAGCUAGACAUAGCAACGAAUGCCGUUAUGAAGGCAAUGAUGGAAGACACAUUAAAUGUUGAUGUGGAACAUGCUAAGCUUCUGUGGUCGCAAGGGGAGCAAAGGCAAGCAAUAUCAUUGAUGCGCACGUACCUGGAGUCUGAUGAAUCGCCUUCUCCAAAAGCACAGUUAAAGCUAGCUAAAUGGCUAGACCAGUCCGCCAAUGUCAGCUCUACUGAGAUCAUUCGAGAGUAUCUUUUAGCGUGCUCUCUGGAUAAGGAAUCUGGAAAGGCACAUUACCAUCUCGGUCGGUAUUACAACAAAAUCUUGGAUUCUCAAAUUGAAGGAGAUCCACGAGUCAAGAAGAGUGAGAAGGACUUCUAUGGCGAAGGUGAGCUGAAUGUGGUCAAGCAGUAUAUGAGAGCCAUUCAGUUUAGUCCUCGCUACCUUUUUGAGACUUUGCCAAAGGUGGUAACUCUUUGGCUUGAUUUCUCAGAGAGUUACAGAGAUCUUUCAGAGAUUCAAAACUUUUCCAAGGAAAAUAUUUUAUCACGCAGGGAGACCAGCUACAAUGGGAUUACGAAGAUUCUUACCAACUCGCUGAUGGCUAUGCCCAAGUACUAUUGGUAUUCAGUACUGUCCCAGCUGAUAUCUCGAAUACUCCAUCCGGAUGCCACAACUGCAAGUCUGAUCCAAAAGAUCGUUGUAACUUUGUGCCAGAACUAUCCUGAGACGUCUCUUUGGUCCGCAUUCUCGCAGUACAAAUCAACUUCUGAGGCUAGGCAGGCAAAAGGUACCGAGAUCUUUGAUGCUGUAAAGAACCUGCCGUGUAUUGUUAGCUCGGAUCUUGACAAUGGACGCAUUGUUCACUCAGCUCUCCAGUUUCUUGAGUCUCUACUAGGAAUCUGUAGAGUUGAUCUAGGCAAAAGGAAGACCUCGGCAGACUUGAAAGAUGACCUGAACUUUCAGCAUUCCGGAAGUUGUCUAGCUUUGUUCAUACCGUUAAGGUCAAACUUCCAGUUGGCUCUAUCGAACACUCAGGCGGUGCAGAAGAAAGGCUUCCCAUCUGAGACCAGAAUCAGAUUUCAAGCAAUUGACCGACAUGUUCAGAUCCUAUCAUCCAUGCAGAGGCCUCGAAGAUUGUUUGUGAAAGGUUCCAACGGUGGACGCUACAGCAUUCUUUGUAAACCUCAUGACGAUCUGAGAAAAGAUGCUAGACUGAUGGAGUUCACGACGGUUGUGGACAGACUACUGAAGAGGGAUCCCGAAUCUGAGAGGAGAAACUUACAAAUCUCCUCGUAUGCUGUUGUUCCCUUGAACGAGCAAAUGGGUAUCAUUGAAUGGGUUGAUGGUUGUAGGACUCUAAGGAAUAUCUGGUUGAGUUAUCUCUCUUCUGCUGGAAACCCUUGCGAUAUCGGAUAUUGCAAAAAGGCUUUGGCUGAUGAAAAGUCCACCGAGGAAAAGAUCAAGAAUUUUGAAAGACUGCUCGAUAAGUAUCCUCCGAUAUUUCAUUUGUGGUUUCUGGACCAGUUUCCGGAUCCUUCAACUUGGUAUGCCAACAGAAACAACUACGUGAGGUCAUCAGCAGUCAUGUCGAUAGUUGGUUAUCUGGUUGGAAUGGGUGACAGACAUGGAGACAAUAUUUUGAUAUCAGAGUCCACAGGACGGAUAAUGCAUGUUGAUUUUGAUUGUCUCUUUGACAAAGGGUUGAGUCUGGCAAUACCUGAAAGGGUUCCUUUCAGACUGACUCAAAACAUGGUUGAUGCCUGUGGAGUUACCGGAUACGAAGGUGCCUUCAGGAAAGCAUGUGAAGCCACAAAUAACCUGGUACGCACAAAUGAGUCUACUCUCAUGAAUGUUCUGGAGAGUUUCCUGUACGACCCCAUCAUUGACUGGAUGCCAAAAAAGCAGAAAUCAGCAACUAAGAGGAAGGUCCAGAAGAAUGAUCGAUACUACUCUCAAGCCGCACUAUCGGCAAUUAGAAGAAAAAUCAGAGGAGUCUUGGACGUGGAGGGUAUGCCUGUCAGUGUUGAAGGACAGGUUGAUGCUAUCAUAUUACAGGCUACAAACGUGGAGAAUCUUGCACAGAUGUACAUAGGCUGGAUGCCAUUUUUGUAA